GUUUCUUUCAGGGACGGGUUGGGUCAGACCGCUCUUCACAAGGCAUGCAUUGCUGGCAACGCACCGUUGGUUAAAUACCUCUUAGACAAGCCGGUCCCUGUUGACCCCCUUGACAAUUCGCAGCGAACACCAUUAUACUUCGCGGCAGAAAAGGGGUUUUUGGAGAUUGUCAAUCUUUUGAUCAAGGCCAAGGCGGACGUGAACAGCUUGGAUCGAAGGGAGGAGACACCUCUUUUCAAACCAGCAGGCAAUGGCCAUGUCAACGUGGUCAGACGCCUACUGGAUGAAGGAACAGAUGCGACAAGACUCGAUCUGUGGCAGAGAACUCCUCUACGGUUUGCCGCCAUGAAGGGACACGCGGAGAUUGUGGAGAUGCUCAAUAAGGCAAACCCGGAUGUAGCUCGUCUUCGCGAUGGGUCAAGUCCUCUUCACCUGGCCGCGGAAGGUGGACAUGUACGUGCCGUGGAAGAACUGCUCAAAGUUGCAUUUGUUAACGGAUGUGAUGACCACGGGCAUACGCCUCUACAUCGUGCUUCUAUUAAUGGGAAUGGACCAGUUGUUACUUUGCUGUUGGAGGUAGAUGCGGAUGUUUUGGUACGUGACUUCGAAGACAAGACGGCGCGAGAUGUGUGGGCAGGCUCGGAUGACCGGGUCCGUGAGGAUAUGCAAAGACAAGCAAUUCGGCAGAGAGGAGUUCAGAGAGUUUCUUGAGGAGGUUUGUAGUUAUAUCUUAAUGACAUCUUGCAAUGCAC